AUAUUCCAGGACAUGGAGGUGUAGAUGUUAAAUUCAAAGGGAUGUGCAGUGCUUUUGUUUCAUCAGUAACAGCCAAUGGUUUUUUAGGGUUAUGGAGAGGCUUGAGUGUCAGUCUACUUAAGAUUUUUCAGCUUUUGAAACAAUAUGGAUUCUCAACUUCCAAUCGCAACCGACGAGAUCCAAAAAGCCAAAAUCCCCCAAAAGCGACAAAAGUCCUCUAAAAAACGGUCGUCGUUUCAAUUGUCSAAGAAAAAGUCUCUCUCUUCAACCUGCCUUUCAGCUAAAUCAGGACUGAACAAAAAAACCUUGAGUGAGACGAAUUUGCUGUCAAGUAAGCGUUAUUCUUCCUUAACACAGCUAAAUAUGCUUGGAUCGUGUAAGUCCCUUGACCAAAUGGAAGGAAAAGACGUGAAUUUGGAAGAACUUUUUUCUCGAGAACUUCAAAUGUUCUACGCCAAAAAAGUCGAAAAUGGAAGGAUAAAAUCACUGACAAACAAGCGUUUAGCUUUUACAACAGCGUUUAAGGUACUAAUCAACCUACAGCUUGUCAACGAUAGGUUUACUGCUACAGAUCUCCUACAACGUAAUCCAAAAUACUGUGAACUUACAGAAAUUCGGUCCAAUUGGUUCGAAUUUGAAGUUCCAGUGUAUUUAGAUGGUUGCGAUCAAAAUGUGUUUGYACAGAGUGCUGAUGAAGGAGGUUUUGUCAGACUAGCAGUAGAUUCAGAGCAAAAUUUUAAUUGGAGCGAUUGCGUCACAGAUGAAGGGUUUUUAUCUGCUAGUUUAGURCGUUCAAAGCUUCAGUUAACGAUACAAAAAUCUUUAAUUGCAAUGAAUUCCAAUGUCCAGAUGGGUUUGGAUAACCUGCCUGAUGAUAUAGACAGUGUUACAGUAUACUGUGACGGGUCCACUGUAGUUCUUGAUAUUAAUGGAGGACAGCUCUUCGUUGAUAUGGUUCCUUCUAUAAGACUGCAUUGCUCGUCACUUGAAUUUUUCAAGCGUCUAUCUAAAUCUGCAGUCCCUUCCCAUGCUCUUGCCAAACCCUGCGAUCGACCGAUGAGCGACCCAGAGAGCCUUUGGAUGUUGUCUUUCGCAAGUGCAGAGCGCAAGAAGGUUUUGCAGUUAUUUCCAACACAGCGGUGCCUGUUAGAAAUUUUGAUUGAACUGCGUGAACUUGAUGAUCUAUUUGGAGAACUUUCCUUAUCUCACAUGCAAACAACACUAUUUUAUUUAGUUGAUGAAAUGAGUGACCCGUACGACUGGAGGGAAAAUGAAAUGGGAGAACGAUUCAUUGAUACUCUCUGCUAUUUAGAAAAUUUCUUGGACUGCAAAUAUUGUGAACAUUAUUUUGUCAAAAGUGCGAAUUUGUUGAGUGGUAUGAGCCCAGUAACAAUAACCAAACUAAAAGACAAAGUGAGAAGGAUUGUCAAGCCAUCGUGCGUUGCUUGUGGUCUGGCUUCCUUAUUUGGGCCGCAUACUAAAAUAAAGUGCAACAAAAUACAUUUCUAAAUGCAUUUCAAAGUCUGAAGCAAAACGCCUACAAACCUGGGUAAAUAUAGUUACGCUGGACAAGAACUUGCUACCGUUGGAUUGGUUGAAGGUGCUGUUGUUGCACCCAACAUUUCACAGUCACAAGAAAACUACUUCAGUGUGCGCGGCGUUUGCGCAACCUUUGGCCUUACAGAAUCGAGUUGCUGUCGUUGCACCUAACAUUUCACAGGUUGCAAGAAAGUAAAUUGCAUCGUCGUGCGCAACGUUGUGCGCAAUGUUUUUCAUUUUUCAUCAUCUUUGCCAAUGAUUUGUUCUGGAGGCUAUACAAGGACUUUGUUGUACCAUGUGGCACUUUUCUGGAUCAAGAACCACUAAUAAUCUGGAAGCAUUGGAUAAACGUUUCUUACGUUUCAUUUUUAUGGAUACAAAUUUGAACUACCAACAACUUCUAGAUAAAUCAGGUUUCAACCUGUUUCAUGCUUCUGUAACCCACCCAACUCCAGACGUUUGGCACUUUAGUUUCCAUCAAUGUAAAAGGCCAAAUGCAUUCCUAAUAAUUCCGAUCAUGAGCGAUAAAUGUUCUCUUGUCCUGACAAACGUUUUUCCAUGGGAAAUGGGCUUUUGAGUUGUGGGAAUAUUUACAACUCACAAUCAGAAUAAUACACUCUGCUUAUCACAGAUGUCUGGAGUCACUUAGAUAACAGAAUUAGGCUGUAAUGCCUAAGUUUUAAUGAUUAGAAAUACUACRAAACACAAUUUAGAAAAAUAACGUUUAUUCUCGGAUAAUAGAAAAAGUAUAAAAAUAGAAAUAAAUGGGAUUAAUUGAACAAAUAAUUUAAUGUUUAAUUUUUUGUCUAAAAGAAACCCAAAAUGAUGUUAAUGUUUUGAAUUCAUAACCCACUGAAGUCAUGAAUAUUCUAGUUCAUGCUAACAUUAUCAGCUGUACAUGUAAUUCAGUAUGAUAUUUAGCUGAUGAAAAUCAGGUUAAAAGAAAGUUAGACUCCAAUAAAUGGUCAAAGCAGGAUGAAACAUUGUGGGGAUGUAAUGAUCAGUGUGUUUAUGUCAUUCAAUGAUAUGAGAUGCAUCUUAAUUUUUGACUUGUCUGAGAGACCCUUUCCUUUUUAUUGAUGGUAGGGAAUGAAUAGAAAAAUCAUAAAAACUAUUAAUUUUUUCAAGUUUCCUCAAUUAGCAAAGUUAAAAUCUUUUCAUUUCUCACUUAACAUCCCUCCCCCUAAAUAAGGAAAGCUCCCCUAAAGGUUCCCUCUUGCAUGUGAUGUUAAAGCAGUGCGCUUGAUCUUGAAGACAAAAAAAAAAA